AAGAGGAAAGCUUUAGCAUUUCCUGUGAGGUUUCUCUUUAUUAAAUGGUUCAGCAAGUUAGUUCAAGAAAAAAAUCAAUAAUAAUAAUAAUUUAAAGAAUGAAGGUCCCUCUUCAAACUGUCCACAGGAAUCCUGUACACAAAAAGAAGAGGGUUCAGAGUUACUCAACUUUUAUCUACAAAGUUCACAAACAGGUGUGUCCAGCUGCUAUGAGGAGCACAGACUUGUUGGUCAGUCGGCAGGUUGUUCUACCCAGACUUGUCCUGCUCAGACUGGUGAGCUCAGAAGCUUCUCGACUGUCCAGGAACAACAGACUGAAGGUGGUCACUCUCCAGGAGAUUGAUGCUGCUGUUGCAAUCGUACAGAAGAGGCUGUGUUCAAAAGCUGCUGCUUGAAUCAUUGGACUUCAGCAAAACUGAUUUUAUUUGAAUAAAUAAGUUAAAUUUUUAAUUGGACUGAUUUUUGUUUGGGAGCUAGAUGUUUAGGUUCUGCAAGGGAGUCCUGGGAAUUGAAAGGGGUUCAUAAGAGUUGCCUCUUGCAAACGCCAUGAAGGACAAUUUGCUACAUUGAGCUUAAACUGUUUUGAAUAUCAGAACUCUAUUUAACUUUCUGCCUAUUUUUCUUCUCUUGAGGUUUUUUUUUUUCUAACUACAUAAAUUCAAUUUUGUGUUGUUCAUAGCCUAAUGAAAAGGCUAUGCUUUGAGCGUGGCUACACUUUUAGUACAUUGUUUCACUAUCCAUUUUGUACGUUACCUUUUUAAAUGUGUAAAGGUUUUUUUUUUUUUUAACUGUUAUUGGCUUAUUAAAAAUGUGAAUAUUGCGUGUCCUGCAUUUCGGUAAUUUUGCACUAUUGACAAUUUCUCAUUACUGAAAAUUGUACUUUGGAGCCGAGAAACUCCCACUUUUUUUUCAGUUUAAUCCAGUAGCAUUAAAACUAAGUUAAGCUUAUUGGUCUAAAAUAAUGGAAAUGCUUCUCAUAGCGGAAACUAUUUUGAAACUGGUUAUUAUGGUACAUGAGGUGAAACAGCGACCUCCUGGGUCUUAGCGGUGUGUUUGAAUCCAUCUCUGCUUCGUCAGCCUCCUUUCCCGCAGCUGUUGCCACCUCCGUGUUCUGCAGCGAUCCUAAAAGAGAACGGAGAUCAAGCCUCGAGUCCGCGUUUUUCUUUUCAGUGUGCGUCUUUUGAGGUGCGCGUAUGCCGGUGGAGCGCGCGAUCCAGUUUCACUUUCAGUCAUCACAAGCCAACAUUCAGAUGUGACCUGCUGCAAUCUCAUAAAGCAGAACUGACUGAUGUGAUCUUCAAAUCUCCCUGCUGACCAUCAUGGGAUGCGGCACCUCUGUUGCCACAGAAACACAGUUGAAGAAACUGGAAACCGAUGAAGCUGGAAGGACCCCCAGCCUGGCUCUAACUAUAAAAGCAGCUGUUUUGAUCCAGAGGUGGUAUCGACGCUACAUGGCCCGGCUGGAGAUGAGACGCAGGUACACCUGGAACAUCUUCCAGUCCAUUGAAUAUGCUGGAGAGCAAGACCAGCUGCAGCUUUCCAGUUUCUUCAGUUUCAUGCUGGACAACUUCACUCAGCUCAGUGGGAAUGGACCAGACCUGAUUACCCAGCUGCUGGAUCCCGUGGUUGACCCUUGGUUGGACCGAGAGAUCUGCUACAAUUUAGUCCCUGUCCCAGACUCCUACACUGGACCCCGAAUAUCGUUUCCUCUCGGUGUCUCUGAUACAAACACUCUCCUCAGUGCCUUCAAGGAGCAGCAGAUUCUCCAUGCCAGAUAUGUUCUGCAGCUGCUUUACGAAGCCAAAAAGCUCCUCAAACAGAUGCCAAACAUCAACCAUUUGUCAACAUCCUAUACCAAGGACAUCACCAUAUGUGGUGAUCUGCAUGGACAUCUUGAUGACUUACUACUUAUAUUUUACAAGAAUGGGCUCCCUUCUGCUGAGACGCCAUACGUGUUUAACGGAGACUUUGUGGAUCGAGGUAAAAAGUCAGUGGAAGUUGUGAUCAUGCUUUUUGCCUACUUUCUGCUUUACCCGGAUUACAUGCACCUCAACCGGGGAAACCAUGAAGAUCCCAUUAUGAACCUCAGAUAUGGCUUCACAAAAGAAGUAAUGCAGAAAUAUAAGAUUCACGGCCGUGAGAUUCUUCAGCUGUUCCAGGACGUUUUCAGCUUGCUGCCCAUUGCAACAGUCAUUGAUGGGAAGGUUCUGAUAGUGCAUGGCGGGAUUUCAGACCAGACGGACUUGAACCUCCUUAGCUCAAUAAAAAGACAUAAGGUCAAAUCUGCUCUAAGGUUUCCCAGGUACAGUUUAGAGAAGCUUGACAUUGGUCAAUCCUGCAGACACGUCAAGAGAAUGAGAUCCAUGGACAGCUCCUGCAGCAGCAGUCGCAGCUACAGCAGGAGCCAAGGAACUCCUGGCCAGAGAAAGAGAAGAUGCAAGCUCAAGCGGGAAGAUAGCGCUGCCUCUACCUCUUCAUCGUCAUCAUCUUCGUCUUCUUCAGUCUGUUCACCUCAAACUCCCUCUUCUCUUCGUCCAUGCCCGUCAUCCCCUAGCUUGUCGUGUAAAGUCCUUCAAGUGCCCUACCUGGACUCUCUGUCUUCUAUUCCCCUUCCAUCACCUCCACAGCAUGAACAGGAAUGGAAGCAGAUUGUAGAUAUUCUGUGGAGUGACCCUAAAACUCAAGAAGGCUGCAGUCCCAACUUGUUCAGAGGCGGAGGCUGCUACUUCGGCCCUGAUGUCACUCAGAAACUGCUGCUUCAGCAUGGACUGCAGAUGCUCAUUCGCUCUCAUGAGUGCAAGCAGGAGGGGUACGAGAUCUGCCAUGGUGGAAAGGUGAUCACCAUCUUCUCUGCAUCUAACUAUUAUGAAGAGGGAAGCAACCGAGGGGCUUACAUUAAACUGGGCAGAGAACUGGUUCCACGCUUUUACCAGUACCAAGUCAGCCGCAUAACACGCAAACUCACCCUGACCCAGAGAAUUCGCGCUGCUGAAGGCUCGGCUCUGCGGGCCCUAAAAGAAAAGUUGUUCGCUCAUCGCUCUGAGCUCGUGGGAAGCUUCCAGCAGUAUGAUCCAGAUAACACCGGUACUGUAUCAGUAUGUGAAUGGGCUCAGGUGUUGGAGUGUGUACUGAGGCUGGACCUGCCUUGGCGGACACUUCGCCCACAUUUAGCCCGCCUAGCAUCAGAUGGCAGCGUUGAGUAUCAGUCCUGCUUUGAGGAUAUGGAGCCCGGAGCCACUCUGCCUAAGGUCACUCCAAACCUCGCUGAAACUUUAUUUAGAUACAGAACAGACAUUGAAAUCAUUUUCAACAUCAUCGACAAAGACCAUUCAGGCCUCAUCUCCAUCGAGGAGUUCCGUCACACCUGGCGCCUUUUCAGUGCUCACCUGGGGGUGGCCAUUGAUGACAGAGCCAUUGAUGACUUGGCCCGCAGUAUUGACUUCAACAAGGACGGCAGCAUAGAUUUUACUGAGUUCCUGGAAGCUUUCAGAGUGGUGCACAAACUGGACAAAGAUGCACAACUUAGCAAAAAGAUGGACAAGGAGAAUAGUUUGUAGGGGGAAGAUCAGAUAAAAUGAGGAAGGACUUUCUAAAAUACCAAAAGACUCCUUUUUAUCCCUCGCACAUUGAUGUGGGUGAAAAUACUUCUCACACCACGUCUGUCAUAUGUGUCAUUAUCCUUGUGUGAGGCUAUUUGAGGUUCUGCUUUCCGUGAAAUAAAAACAUUAGGGGUUUUUAACUUUAAUUAUGACUGCAUUAUGUCUCUUUUUUUUCUCUACUCUUCUGUUUCUUAAACUUGUUCCUCAUUUUAUUUAUGGACCUUGUUAGUUUUUGUUGUUUUGUUGUCCUCUGUAAUUCACCCUGACUUGAGAGCUGCCGAAGAAAAAUUCCAAUGUACUAGUUUUACAUGUACAAAUGGCAAUAAACUCUUAAUCCUAAUCUUAAUUUGGGAAAAAUCAUAAACUAUCUUCUAUACUUGUGAAUACCACAAACCAAGAAGGACAGAAAACCCCUCUUUAUUGAAGUAAGAGUAGUUCUUUUUGGCUGUAUUCAGUUUAAAAAUGCAAGUUCUUUAGGUUUUGCUUGUCCUUCUAACAUUCGAUGAACUGUACUGCCCCCACUCCCUACAGAGAAUCAUCACAGGACAAUAGCAGACACUUGUCCUCAUCAUAUACAGUACAUUGCUAAUACUUGUCAGAUUGCACAAAUUCUUUUUUGGCCUAUUUUGAUCACACCCUCUCUUUUUUCCUAGGGACUGCUCCUGCUUUGUGUCCUAAAAGUCACUUCUUUCUCCAGAAACUGCCGCUUGCUCGUUUUUAGUCUGCAGCACCUGAUCUUUUAUCUACAGGGGCUUUUCUUCAUCCUUUGCAGUCAGAGGGGUGUAAUCCAGAUUCACAACCACAUUUCCCAUCCUUUGGUUUUCUGGAAAAUGUCUGGGCUGGAACUCACUCUAAAAUAGAAACAUGGUAGGAGUGAACAUUUUUGUGACUAACACAAUCGUUGGUAUAGAGGAGAAUAAAAGCAACACAAUAUAGUCACGUGUGAUUCCUGAUACGAUGACAAUAGUCAAAGCAACUGCUUUCUAUUUAAAACCAAAAUGUCUCACAGACUACGCAAUACAAGUGUUGGUUAGUGGUAGAUUGGUAGCUUUCAAUCCUGGGUCAGGUCACGCCAAAGACUAAAAAAAUGCUACCUGAAGUCUUUCUAUUUGACACGUAGCAUUAAUGAUGCAAAUGUGGGAACAAACCCCCGGAUGGUUUCUGAGUGCAGCUGUGUGACUGCUGUUCAUCGCUCCUUACGAUGAUGGAUCAAAGACAGAGGACAAACUUCCCACAUUCAGGUCUGUGAGAAAUCACACGACUUCAGCUAACUGUAUAGGCCAGAGGUCUGCAGACUUUCACACUUAAAGACCCUUUUGGUUUAGUUUCUUAUUGAUCAAAACUCAGGAAGAGCCAGAAAGUCUCACUUCACGUUUAGAAAACCACACUAUAUUUUUGUUAUUGAGGUCAUUAAGGAAUUCAUUUAUACAACAUAGUUUUUAAAGAUUUGCAAUAAUGACAAUUUAAACUUCUUUUCAGUUCCUUUCCAAAUAAAAUACACCCUGUGUCAAAAAAACAAACACAGAUUGGCUGCAGCAGAUUUAAAGGAUUAAAACUGCACAAAAGUCAAGUCACACAAGACAUCUUCCGCCAUUAUGACCUUACUGAGCCUUUAAUUCAAUUCCAUUCAAUUUUAUCGCCCAAUAUUACAAUCAUAGUCCACUCAAUGGGCUUUAAACCGGUAGUUGGGUAAAUAAAUAGGAAUCAUAAAGAACAUAAAGCCAUAGAAUGUAAUAGGUAAUGGCUAAACUCAAUUAAACAGUCUAAAUUAAACUAGGCACCCCUGACCUUAGACCCUCCUUCAUGAGUCUAAGGUCUAACAUUUUCUCCAAUUAUUCUUAAGUACAAUCAUGAUGGAGUAGAAUCCAAUUUUUUAAUCUAUAAAUGUAAAUCUAAUUAUAUAGUCCUACGUUAAGAAAUGUGGAAUGGAAUGUGGAAUGUGGAAUGGAAUAACAGUUGAUUUUUUUUAAAGAUUCUUUGGUUUGUAGCUAUUUUAGAGUCUGUUUUGGUUAAUGCUCUUUCCCCCUGGCAUCCUAACACUUAUAAUUACACUCAUGAUUACAAAGAGUGUGAUCAGUUCAACAAGCCCAGACAGAAAAUCUGAAGUUGACUAAACAACAGACUCAGAUUUUACCUGAGGCAUCAGGAGUUUAUGUAGACUUUUACACGUGUUUUCUUUACUCAAAGAAAAUACAGGAGAACCACUUAAAUGUUUUUUCCCAUGGUUCCUUACAGUUUGUAGAAAAUAUAUUUUCGUUCACUCUAUAAUCAUAGUAUUUAUCUUAUGCUCUUUCAUGCUUUUUGCUUUUCAGCAUGACAAUCCUGCGUCAUAUUCCCCCACCCCUAGAUUUGUAACAUCCCACUUUCUCCAUCCAGGUCCUCCCCUCUCAUUCCUUCCCUGUUCCUCAUCAGAAAGGUUCCUUUGCUCUGCCUGUUGCCUGUCACACUGCCAGAGUGGAGCUCAAAUGAGAAUCCCUGAAGUUCUGGUCAUUGCCGUUUGCAUCUUUGCUCCAGCAGUUUGUGGUGGCAUGGGAACGCUGGGAUGCAGUAACAAGAAGCAUCUGGAGAAUGGGCAGACUUUCUUCCGUUAUGAUGGACUUCUGGUGAUUUUUCACUGCAAACCUGGCUUCAAAGUUCAUGGAAACAAAACCAACAGCUGUCUUACAGAGCAAUGGUCUCGAGACCCCCCCCCAGGUUGUGUUGGGUCCGGCUGCUCCGUCCCAGGGCUGCUCCUUCAUGGAAUGAUUCACGUGAAUGAAGAUGGCUCCUGGGCAGAGUUCAGUUGCAAUAGUGGCUUUCGCCUACAUGGGCCCUCAAAGUUGUAUUGCCCGGGCCACAGCUGGAAUGGAACAAACCCAGUUUCCAGAGAGUGGGACAUAAGUAUAGGACAAACCCUGCAGAUUCCAGCUGCCCAUAAAACUCAGCAACAAUCCCUCUUAGAGAACCAGGCUUCCAGUCUUUCCAAAACAACCGACCUGACAUUUAGUCCGUUACCCUACAAACAAGCCACCACAUUCAUCAGUGAGAGAACCAAAAAUCCCCUGAGAAACAUGUUGAUGAGUGUCUGCUGCCUGCUGCUGUCACAGGCUGCAUGUUCGGCUGCAUUAACACUGUUGGGAGCUACCACUGCCAAUGUCCACCCGGCUACAGCAAACAAACCGCAGAUGGCCACUGCCAAGAUACAGAUGAGUGUGCUGCCAACCAGGGACUUGGCCCUUGUAGGCAUCAAUGUACCAACUCAGCAGGAUCCUACAGAUGCUCCUGCACAUCUGGUUACAUUUUGGCUCGUGACAGACAUGGCUGCCUUCCAGAAUGUCCAUCUGGAUACAGGAAAUUUGCAGCUACACCCCCUGAAAACACAACUGUACCACCAUUGGAAGGGAAGUGUGCAGACAUAAUUGAGUGCCUGGAGGACAGGUGUAAACCUGCCGGGCUCCCACCGCUGUAUCUGCCCCCGUGGAUAUACCCUCCAAAGAGAUGGACAACACUGCCAGGGUCAGUGUGAGUUUGAAACAGUUUGAGUUUAGUUCGAUUUGCCUUGUGUUCACAAGUGCUUAAGUCAACAUGAAUACUUAAAACAUUAUGUCUGUGAUCAAGUAAAAAGAUGAAAACAAAUAAAGCAUUUAAACAUUAUUAACUUUUGAAUUAAGUGUUUACAUUUUUUGUAUAAAUCUUGAAUAAUAAUUUUUAAUAGUUUUGCAUCUUUUGGCUGUAUAUUUUUCAGAAUUUGUUCAAACCUUUCUGCUGUUUGACAGUUUUAUUUAUCCAUGCUUCUAUUCCAUGUACCGGUAACUGAAUCCCUCUUGGAAAGAUACAAGUUUAGCAUUUUGUUCUCAUGGCUGAUAUGUUUUAGACUGAUUUCACUUUUCUUUGAGUAUGAAAUCUUUUGGACGCUUGAUCAAUUCAUCAAUAAAUGCGCAACCUGA